AUGGCCAGCGAUCAGCCCCUUGCCGAUUCCCCCACUUCGAACGUCGCCGAAUAUUCGGUCGGCGAGAUCAGCCAGGCGGUCAAGCGCACGGUCGAGGAUGCAUUCGGGCGGGUGCGCGUGCGCGGCGAGGUGUCGGGCUAUCGCGGGCCGCAUUCGUCGGGCCACGCCUACUUUCGCCUGAAGGACGACCGCGCGACGCUGGAAGCGGUGAUCUGGCGCGGCACGUUUUCCAAGCUGGCCUUCAAGCCCGAAGAGGGUCUGGAGAUCAUCGCGACCGGCAAGCUGACCACCUAUCCCGGCUCGUCGAAAUACCAGAUCGUGAUCGAUGCGAUCGAGCCGGCGGGCGCCGGCGCGCUGAUGGCGCUUCUGGAAGAACGGCGCAAGACGCUGGCAGCCGAAGGCCUGUUCGAUGCCGCGCGCAAGCGCCCGCUACCCUUCAUGCCGCGCGUCAUCGGUGUCGUCACGUCGCCGACAGGCGCGGUCAUUCGCGACAUUCUUCACCGCAUUGCCGACCGGUUCCCCUGCCAGGUUCUGGUCUGGCCGGUGCGGGUUCAGGGCGAAACAUCGGCGCGGGAGGUCGCGGCGGCCAUUGACGGCUUCAACGCGCUGGCGCCCGGCGGGCCGGUGCCGCGGCCGGAUGUUCUGAUCGUCGCGCGCGGCGGCGGCAGCCUUGAGGACCUUUGGGGCUUCAACGAGGAGAGCGUGGUGCGGGCCGCGGCCGGCUCAGCCAUUCCGCUGAUCUCGGCGGUCGGCCACGAGACCGAUACGACUCUGAUCGACCAUGCCAGCGACAGGCGCGCACCGACGCCGACGGGCGCCGCCGAGAUCGCGGUGCCGGUCCGGGCAGACCUUGAAGCCCAUCUGGCGCAACUGGGCGCGCGUCUUGCCGGCACCGUCUCGCGGCUGGCCGACGACCGGCGGUCGCGCGUGCGGGCACUGGCACGCGGUCUGCCGCAGCCCGACCAGAUCCUUGCCCUGCCCCGGCAGAGGCUCGACGGGCUCGACGGUCGGCUGCGAUCCAGCCUCGAUGCGCGGCUUGCCGACCGGCGCGGGCGGCUGGCGGCGCUGGGCGCCAUGCUGGCGCCGGCACGGCUUUCCGAAAAGGUCGCGCGCGACCGGCAGAGCCUUGGCCGCUUGGCACGGGACCUGCCGCUCGGCCUGUCGCGCGGGCUCGAUCUGCGCCGGCGUGAGCUGGCGCAUCGCGCGGCGCGCCUGACCACGCGCACCAGCCAAAGGCUGCAUGGCGACGGCGCACGGCGACUGUCGCAAGCGCUGGCACGGCUCGACCGCGCCGCGCACGACAAGGCCGGCGAUGCGACCAGCCGCUUGGCAGAAGCGGCGCGGCUGCUCAAAUCGCUGUCCUACCAAAGCGUUCUGGAGCGCGGCUAUGCGCUGGUGCGCGAUGCGGACGGCACGCCGGUGCGCGGAUCGGCCGGCAUUGCAUCGGGCGACCGGCUGGCCAUCCAGUUUGCCGGCGAUGACCGGCUCGAUGUGGUCGCCGACGGCAAGGCGCCAAAAAAUCCCGGACGGCAAAAACCUGCGCGUCCGGCAUCAAAAGGCGGCGGCCAGGGCAGCCUGUUCUAG